GUGAUCUUUGUGCAUUACAUGUAUUGGCGUACAUGCUGCACAGGUCAAGUAGCAGAAAGAAAGGAAAAUCUGUUCCAGUCACGAGAGAUGGUGCAAUUUCCUAUUUGUUGCAAAAUGUUCCGGUAAGUGGCUAGUGCAGCAAAUAUAACAGGCAGUGGCCUUAACUCUUUUCAUCUCAAACUCAUAAUAAUUCAUGAGUAUAUUAGUGAACCAUAUGUUACUUUAUUUUGCUCACAUGAAUGACAUGAUAACGCUGGAUACCUGGUGAAGUAUAUUGAUCCAGUUCUAGGACAAUAAUUCACCUCACUUUAAGCAGGGUGCGAUAAUUCGCGUACUUACGUACCGGAACAACGUUACGAUAUGGCACUUCUGUCUUUUCAGUCACGUAUACUACGUAGGUAUACGCGGUACUGUUGUCUGUUGUUAUCUCCGUGCUUAACUUUUUGCUUGUACCAUUUGACCUGUGCAAGCCCAAGUUAUUCAAAUCAUAAUUUAGUUGGAAUAUGUGCAAGUCUGGCAUAACUUGGAAUUAAACCUGAUUGGACUGACAUGAUGAGAUGGGACUAAGGAAUGUUAGAGUCGAUUGUAGUGUUUGUGUAUGUAACUACUAGUUCAGAUUACUGAAUGAAUAUACCUUUCAGAAACUUGUACAUUAUGUACUUCAUCCUAAAGACUAUAAAUAUACCUUGAGUCUUAAGUUUGUACCAGCUUAAAUACGCAGCAAUAAUCAUUGGAGUGCCAGUCAGGUACGGCUAAAAAGUUUGAUUUAUUACACCCUGUUUUAAGUAGUAAUUUAUUCGUAUGAGAUGGUCAUUUAAUUUAAAGCCCUCUAAUUCCCACUGGUCAAGAUUUCAGGCCCCUCGCAUUUUGAUCCUGUCUUCUGAUUCGCCUCAGCCUUGAAAUAUUAAGUCCAGCAAUAAAGCAACAGCUUAUGUAAAAAGUACAUUGAGCACUGCAGUCUAUAUAUUAACUUAGUUUCUUAUUUCUUGUAGAGUGGAAGUGAUGUUGAAGCAGCAGCAAACAACAAGGAUGACGUAUAUACCCAACCAUUUCUGCUUUCAACAGGACAAGCAUCAAAGCCUGAUCAAUUCUUUCUAGUUUUAGAUAGGAUAGUCAUACCAUGUGGCCCAGACCUCAUCAAUAGCUUUGACAUCUUGUUCAAAGCGCACUACGUUUUUAACGUAGAGUACGCACCUCCCCUUCUCCAGUUUUGGGAGUUCGUAGCAUCUAUGAUUUAUGGGGUGAUUAAACCGUGCGAAACGGGCCCAACGGUAAGAGCUCUUGGCUCUUCAUGCAGGGAUGUUGAGUUUUAAAAUUUGACCUGCACGUUAUUAACACUGUUAUAUAAACAUGUUAUAUUUAUAUAUGAUAUCAACUCUUUUUUUAUAAAUUUAAACAACAUAAUACCCAAUUGUUGAGUGUUGUGAAACAAAUAUACAAACUAAUUUUAUACGUGAAUAGCUUGUGAAAGUAUUUAUCUUUUAAUUAAUGUUUUUUGUAAUGUGUAUAUAUUGUGUUUUCUUUCAGUCUAGAUGUUCGAUUGAUGAAGAAUCAGCCCUAUUUACGAUUGAAAUAGUCAAUCUGAUAGAUUGGCGAUUCUAAUCUAAUAGAUUUGAAAAUUUCAAUCUAUCAUAGAUUGAAUAAUUUCAGUCUAAAAAUAGAGUGAUUUUCAAUCGGAGACGUUUGGUCCUUCAUACCAGUCUAGACUGGAUUAAAAAAAGAUUGAAAAUCGAAAAGAUUGAAAAUUUAAUCAUUCUUUUAGAGUGAAAAAUUUUCAAUCGUAACAAAGUGUGACUUUCGAUUUUCUCCACAUUUCAGUCGAAGAAAGAUUGAAAAUCGAUUGAAAAAUAAAUCGAUUUACAUUGAUUAUAUUUUCAGUCGUGUAAAAGAGUGAUUUUCAAUCGUAAACGUUUGGUCCCUAAGAACAGUCUGAAAAAGAUUGAAAAUUCAAUCGAAUAGAUUGAAAUUUCAAUCGUUUGAAUUAAGAGAAUAAUUACUUUGAUGCUAAGGGUGGUGAUAGCAGACAAAUUUGGAAAGGCAUCCAAAGUUUAAUCAAUAUUAAAUCAAAAUCAUACCAGGUCCCUGAAGUUAUAAAUGAUAAUGGUUGUGAAUUAACUGAUGCCAAAUCUAUUGCAAAUGCUUUUAAUGGUUUCUUUUCUAAUGUUGGAUGCAAUUUAGCUAAUAAGAUUCCAACAAUUAUGGAUAAAUCUCUAAUUGAAUACUUGAUUCCGCCGACUUCUCACGACAGUUUCUUUCUUUCUCCUGUAACAGCUGGUGAAAUUGAGGAAGAAAUUGCUAACCUAAAUUGUUCUAAAGCCACUGGUCCUUUUAGUAUACCUGCUGUAAUUUUAAAAUUAAUUAUAAAUGUAUAGUGUCACAACCACUCGUGACCAUAUUUGAUGCCUCGCUUUCAACUGGUAUUGUCCCAACAAGUUUAAAAUUAGCCAAGGUUAUUCCUGUAUUUAAAAAGGGAUUACAAAACUGUUUAAAUAAUUAUCGACCUAUUUCGCUUCUUUCGAUUUUUAACAAAAUUUUAGAAAAGCUUGUGUAUAAAAGAUUACACCAAUAUCUCGAAAGAAAGGAAAUUUUGUAUUAUAAGCAAUUCGGUUUCCGCACUUCAUAUUCUACUACUUAUGCAUUACUAAGUAUUGUUGAUAAAAUUAACGAAGCAAUAGAUCAUCAUGAUUAUGCUUGUGGUGUCUUCCUAGAUUUAAGUAAGGCAUUUGACACAGUCAAUCACGAUAUUUUGAUUAAGAAAUUAGAGUUUUACGGCGUUCGGGGACUUGCUAACAAGUGGUUUUCAUCGUACCUUUCCAAUAGAAGACAGUUUGUUUGUGUGGAUAACAUAUUAUCGGACGAAUUAACAAUUUCAUGCGGUGUCCCCCAAGGUUCAGUUCUUGGCCCCUUGCUCUUUCUAAUCUAUGUUAACGAUUUUGCUAACUGCUCUAAAUUGUUGGAAUUUCAUCUUUUUGCAGAUGAUUCAAACUUGUUUUAUAAAAGUAAUAAUCUUUUAACCCUUCAAACUAAUUUGAACAAAGAGUUAGCUGAAGUAUAUAAAUGGUUAUGUGUAAAUAAGUUAUCCCUCAAUAUUGAAAAAUCAAAUUUUGUGAUAUUUCAUCCUAGGCAACGGAAAAUAGAAACAAACGUACAAAUUGUUGUAAAUCAACAAUUAUUAAAACAAGAACUUUCAAUUAAAUAUCUGGGUGUAACGUUAGAUUCUAAACUUAAUUGGAAGGGUCAUAUUAGCUUUGUCGAAAAUAAGAUAAAAAGAAGUAUUGGUAUUUUAUCAAAACUUCGUUAUUAUUUAAAUUUAAGCACUCUUAAAAAUCUCUAUUAUGCACUAAUACAUCCUUUCUUAAUCUAUGGCAUACUUGUAUGGGGUUACACUUAUCGAACCACUCUCCACCCACUUGUCAUUUUACAAAAAAGAAUGAUCCGAAUCAUUACCUUUACUAAUUAUUAUGAUCAUACAAGCCCACUCUUUAAGUCAUUAAAUAUUAUGAAAAUUUACGAUCUGGUGACCUUCCAUGUUGCUGUAUUUGUGAAAAAAUUUCAUGAUCAACUUUUACCGCCUGUUUUUGAUACUUUUUUCAAACCAGUAAUUAAUGUACAUGAAUAUAAUACAAGAUUCUCUUUAAAUCAAACAUUUUUCACCCCCAAAGUUAGAACAAACUAUGGAAUGUUUAAUAUUAGGUUCCAGGGCACCAAAAUAUGGAAUUCAAUUGCUGAAAGUACUAAAACUCUUCCAUUAAGGAAGUUUAAGAAAAAGAAUAAGGAGAAAACUCUUGAAAAUUCUUUUUAUUUCAUAUUGAAUAGGCUGUAAUUAUGUGUCUGUGUCGCGUUGUGUUGUAUUUCAGUAAUCGUACCGACCUAAAAUAUACUGGCUGUCUAGAUUUUAGCCCCUAUGGUUGUUAUAGACGGUCAGUACUCAUAUGCUAUUUAUAUUUCAAUUUCUAUAUAUAUUCAUGUAAAUUUUAAUUGAAUGAGUGAAAUACAUAUUUUGUUGUUGUUGUUGUUGUUGUUGUUGUUGUUGUUGUUGUUGUUGUUGUUGUUGUUGUUGUUCCUUAACAUUUGCUCUUCGUGCUGGUUUUCCCAAAAAAGAUAAUCUUUUGGUAUACCGUUCACACCUCGUGGCCACAGUUCGUAGAAUAUGUGCACUACCAUCCCGUGCUUCUGCUUCCUACAUCUUCGCUCAUAAGCGAGUUGGUGGUCUCGGUCUCCUGGAUCCAACCCUUGAAGCUGAUGUCCAGGCUAUAAUUCAUGCAGUUAAAAUGCUCUCCUGUUCCGACCCGACUGUAAGCAACAUUGCUAUUGCUGAGGUAAACCAAACUGUCCGACUCGCUAGCCGAUCUAAUCCAACCCCUACUUUAAAAUCUAAAUACCUGUCUAGCCUCCCCGAUGACCGUUUGACCAACUUACGUUAUAACAUUCAAUCAUUAUGGACCCGAGUUCGUAAAUCGACACGUAACCUUGGUGUUGAAAUUAAAUUCAAUGACAAUGGUCUCCCUAUCCUUUCCACUGAGAACUCUGGUUCUGUUCUUGCCAAAGAAGCCAGCCGUUUCCUUCAUUUUCAUGUUCAAGAUCGUUUUGCUUCCACCUUACUUGCUCUUCCUGAUCAAGGAAAAGUAGGCCGCGCGCUUACUACCGACACCUUCGCCAAUGGUUCUACCUGGCAAUAUAAUGGCUUAAACAUUCGUUUCAGAGAUUGGCGUUUUAUCCACCGAGCUCGACUUAACUGCCUCCCAGUAAAUAAUGUCAAGAGUCGUUGGUCUAAUUUCUGUCCAAAAUGUCGCUAUUGUAACUCGGAUGAGACUCUCCCUCAUGUGUUGUGCCACUGCCUUCGUAACAUGCCUAGUAUCCUGCGGAGACACAAUACCAUAGUGGACCGCAUCGUCAACGCCGUUCAAAGUGGAACUGUCACCACCGACCAACAAGUUCGCGCCGCUAAUUCUCGUCUUCGCCCCGACAUAAUAGUAGAAGAAGAUAACAAAGUGCUAAUUAUUGAUGUAUGUUACCCCUUCGAUAAUAAUGCUGAAGCCCUGCGUGACGCUGAACAACGGAAACUUAAUAAAUAUGAAGGGUUGAAGCAAUUCUUCGUUGGUCAAGGAAAGCAAUGCGAGGUCUUUGGUUUUGUGAUCGGUGCCCUUGGUUCCUGGCAUCCAGCCAAUGAAAACGUUUUACGACAACUUGGGAUGUCCAAACGAUAUCGUUCCUUGUUUAGGAAAUUGUGUUGCACUGACGCAAUCCAAGGAUCAACAAACAUUUACCGGGAACAUCUUGGAAUAACAGAGGGUUCUGUGGAUGCAGAUUACUCUGAGUAGCAUGCUUAAUAUAUAUUUGUAAUCAGUAUCUAAUUCACAUUCUGUACAUAUGGAGGAACUUUACUUAUAUAUUUGGAACAUUAUAGAUUUAUAGACAUUUUUAAAUUCUUAGGACAAAAAUAACUCGCUUAUAUGAACUGAUCUUGAUACUAUGACCAUUUAUGGCACUAAUUGUAUAUAUUGACUAGGACUUAAGUAAGACCCAUCACCUGUAAAUUAAUUUGUAAUAAAGAAUGAAUAGUGUAGUGUAGUGUAGUGUAGUGUAGUGUAGUGUAGUGUAGUGUAGUGUAGUGUAGUGUAGUGUAGUGUAGUGUAGUGUAGUGUAGUGUAGUGUAGUGUAGUGCAGUGCAGUGCAGUGUAGUGUAGUGUAGUGUAGUGUAGUGUAGUGUAGUCGUCUUUCGAACUUAAUGAAUUUAUAGUUCAGAACAAACCUAUCCCUCCACUUGACCGUGAAAACCCUUACAAAUACCUUGGUGUUCCUAUUGGCUUAAUUGAUGACCCUGACAACAUCUCUGAUCUGGUACAGGACCUUACUUGUGAUUUGGAGAGCAUCGAGAAAUCACUGUUAGCUCCAUGGCAAAAACUGGAAAUGAUCCGUACCUUCCUUCAACCUUCCCUAACAUUUGCUCUUCGUGCUGGUUUUCCCAAAAAAGAUAAUCUUUUGGUGUACCGUUCUCACCUCGUGGCAACAGUUCGUAGAAUAUUUGCACUACCAUCGCGUGCUUCUGCUUCCUACAUCUUCCCUCAUAAGCGCGUUGGUGGUCUCGGUCUCCUGGAUCCAACCCUUGAGGCUGAUGUCCAGGCUAUAAUUCAUGCCGUUAAAAUGCUCUCCUGUUCCGACCCGAUUGUAAGCAACAUUGCUAAUGCUGAGAUAAACCAAACUGUCCGACUCGCUAGCCGAUCUAAUCCAACCCCAGCUUUAAAAUCUAAAUACCUGUCUAGCCUCCCCGAUGACCGUUUGACCAACUUACGUCAUAACAUUCAAUCAUUAUGUGCCCGAGUUCGUAAAUCGACACGUAACCUUGGUGUUGAAAUUCAAUUCAAUGACAAUGGUCUCCCUAUCCUUUCCACUGAGAUCUCUGGUUCUGUGCUUGCCAAAGAAGCCAGUCGUUUCCUUCAUUUUCAUGUUCAAGAUCGUUUUGCUUCCACCUUACUUGCUCUUCCUGAUCAAGGAAAAGUGGGCCGUGCGCUUACUACCGACACCUUCGCCAAUGGUUCUACCUGGCAAUAUAAUGGCUUAAACAUUCGUUUCAGAGAUUGGCGUUUCAUUCACCGAGCUCGACUUAACUGCCUCCCA